CUCCAUGUUCCAUGCUCCAUGCUCCAUGCUCCAGUCUUCAGUCCCGUUUUGGACCUCCUCAUCUCUUCAGCAUUGCUUCUUGAGAGAAUUCCUGGAGGAUGUGGAGGCAAAUGCCAGUGACCUACUACUGCACAACAGUGUGAGGUGGCUGAGUAAAGGCAAUGCACUGGGACGUUUCUGGUCUAUUCGAAAAGAAAUAGCAACUUUCUUAGAGCAGCUCAAGAGUAAGAGCAACACAGUAUUCACUUUUCUGCAAGAUGAGCACAAAAUGGAUAUGGUUGCUUUUUUGGUUGACAUUACAUCACACCUUACUGAGCUUGAUUUAAAGCUGCAGGGCUGGAACAAUUCAGUUGCUGAUUUGAUGACCGCUGUUCGUUCUUUCCAGAGGAAGCUGGACAUUUUCAAAGAAGAUCUUGAAGGAGAGUGUACACACUUCCCACAACUGCAGGAACAGACUCAGGGUGAGAGAGACGUUUGUCCCGAUGCCGAUGACUUCAUAAACAAGCUGAUUGGGAACUUCAGUGAAAGGUUUGACAGAUUCAGCCUUGGGCAGCAGCUCAUCCUGCUAAUCCAGAAUUCUGUCCUCAUCAGAGAAGUCAGAGGAUUUUCUUUUAAAGAAGGUGACACAGACAUUCAAGUGGGCACAUGCGGGAGCUCUACAGCUUGAGCACAUUGAUCUGCAAGGGAAAUGAUGCAUUAAGAGAGAUUUUGAAGCAGCUAACCCUGCUUCUUUCUGACUGACUGUUUUACCUGGUCUAACCAAAGUCGCACUGCACUGCUUGACUAUGUUUAGAUUGACUUACAGCUGUGAGUCAGGUUUUCACACUAUGAACAAUAUAAAAAACAAGUAUCCUUCCAGGCUCACAGGUAAACGCCCACAUGCAGUCAUGGAUGAAAGUAUUGGCACCCCUGGAACUUUUCCAGAAAAUGCACCAUUUCUCCUAGAAAAGUGUUGCAAUUACAAAAUUGGAAUACACAUGUAUUUCCUUUAAGAGCAUUUGGACAACACAAAAAAGCAGAAGAAAAAAGCCAAAUUUGUUAUCAUUUUACACAAAACUCCAAAAAUCGACUGGACAAAAUUAUUGUUACCCUAUUAAAACAGUGAGUAAAUAAUUUAAUUUCAAGCAUGUGAUCUUUGUUUAAACUCACCUGUGGCAAGUAACAGGUGAACUGACUUUGUGUUGUGUGCCUGUGUGUGCCACACCAAGCAUGGAGAAGAGAAAGAAGAGCCGAAAACUGUCUGAGGACUUAAGAAGCAAAACUGUAGAAAAAUAUCAACAAUCUCAUGGUUCAAUCUCCAGAGAUCUUAAAGUUCCUUUGUCAAGUGUGCACAUUAUAAUCAAAAAGUUUAUAACGCAUGGAACUGUGCCAAAUCUCCCCGGAUGUGGACGGAGGAGAAAAAUUGAUGAAAGAAUGCAACGCAGGAUAGUUCGAAUGGUGGAUAAACAACCGCAGUCAACUUCCAUUCAAGUUCAGGCUGUCCUGCAGACUCAGGAUGCAACGGUGUCAGCUCGAACUAUGCGUCGUCAUCUGAAUGAGAUGAAACGCUAUGGCAGGAGGCCGAGGAGAAUCCCCACUUCUGACACAGAGGCAUAAAAAAGCCAGACUGCAGUUUGCAAGAACAUACUUGAGUAAGCUGAGGGUGCAAAUGAUUUUGUCCAACCCAACUUUUGAGUUUUGUGUAAAAUGAUGUCAAAUUUGGCCAGUCUUCUCCUUUUUUGUGUUGCACUUAAAGGAAAUAAACAUGUGUAUUCCAAAACAUUUGUAAUUGAAACACUUUUCUGUGAGAAAUGGUGCAUUUUCUGGAAAAGUUCUAGGGGUUCCAAUACUUUUGUCCAUGACUGUAUCUGCAUGAGAAUGGCACUGACUCCAUUCCAACCAGAUUUAAAUUACUGGCAGGGCAAACACAUGCCCAUUUCUCUCAUUAAGAAAAGUUUAAAAAAAAAAAAAAAAAAAAGAAAAAAGAAAGAAAGAAAAUAUAUUGAAAGAGAAAAGGCUGUAGGCUCUAUUUGCACUUUUUUUUUUCUAAAAGAGCUACUUUUUAUUUAUUGUUUUCUGAAUAUGUUGACUUUUUUUACUUGAAAUGUAGGCCUUAACUUAUUGUAAGCUGUGACUUAUUUAAGGGGGGAAAAAAGGUUAUUUGAGGCUCUGUUUGUACUUUUUUAUUUCUUUUAUACUGAGGUUUCUGUUUUCUUUCACUUCAA